UUGAGCGUGCAAGUUUGGCAGCCAGAAACCAUUGCAGAUUAUAUCAGAAAGGCCAACAAAUAUAAAUCAAAACAGAAAAUUAAAACAAUCUAAGACAACAAGGGAGAGCAAACCCUGGUCUCACUAAUAAUAACCAAAAUGGCACCUCGUAAAGUUUGAAAACACGAACAAAAGAAUAACGGUUUUGUAUUUCUGGCCAAUUCGUGAAGUUUUUUCGGUCCCUCAGCUGUGUGUUACAUAAAUCUCGGUGAAUGUGUGCGUGUGCGUGAGAGAGUGCUCAUGUGUGUGUGUACGACUAACAGCAACAGCAAAAAUAUUAAAAGCAGCUAAGAAAAUAUAAAGCUACUUCCCGAUUUCGAAUUAUUGUUUGUGUGCUUAGUCAAUUGGGUCUGAACCCAAAAGCAGUGUCCUUGUCAAUUACGAGAAAGUUACUACAUAAAAAUAUAACGCAUACUAGGCGGUGUCAGAAACCAAGAACAGCCACAUAAAAUACAAUAUAAUCAGCAACCAGUCAAAGCAAUGUUCGUUGCCCAUCAGAUACCCAAUAUCUAAUCCACUUAUAAAAAAUAUAAAUAUAAUGAUAAUGCUAUGAAUACGACUGUAUAGCGCACACAAAUAAUCCGAAUCCAACUCGAACACGCCACAAAGACCAACACUCCGGACCCAGAACUCGAAACAAAAACAAAUUGCAGCACCAAACAAAUACGAACAGGAAUACAAACAGCACAGCACACUGAACAAACACCAAAUAUCAAAUAGAACUAAUAUACCUAUCGCUAAUUAAAUUAUGAAUAGCUAAAGCUAAUUAAGCAACAAUGCUCGUACAACAGACACAUAACUAGCCCAUAUCCAGUACAACCUGCCUAUAAUCGACCGCCUCUAGCCACAAUUAUACAUAGACAUCUACCAAUAUUUGCGCAGCAUUUGGCAGCAAAGACGCGAACCCACGACACUGAAUAGAACAUAUUAUAUUAGGCAAACAACACGAGAAGAGAACAGAUCCCGAAUACUGAACACCAACAUCAGAUAUCAGAUAUCAGAUUUCAGAUAUAGAAUGCCUUGCUCCCCACAUAAAUGUCUAGCUAAAUGUACUGUUUUAUUGUUCCAACCCGUAAUGAAAUAAUGAACAAGCACUCUCGCUAUUUGUGUGCCCCCGAAUGCGCGGUAAAUGCAGCUUCUGCAUCGGCUGAUCACGCUAUAUAUCUGCCCCAUAUCUGCUAUGCCACCUAUAGCUAACCCGACUGCUGCUACUCCGAGUCUAAAUCCAGUCCACCCAACCACCAACAGCCAACACAUGUAAAUACAGACUCUUCCUACCCGAACAGUCGGAGAUCGGCCUGAUCUCAGUGCCUGAUUUCCAAAGCCAUUGGAUCACCCGAAACCGAUAACCGAUAACACACGAUAACACAAUCCGAGUCCAGAGUCCCGAUAUCCAGAUUCCCGCAGAAAAGGACGACACACGAACUGAAAUCCAACUUUUACACACCGUUAAUACUUUUUGGCUCUAUGUGCAAUUUAAAUCUCAAUAAACUCACCACCUAAGCAACAAAGUUAAACUAAAACCAAAAUAUCAAAAGCAAGUUCAACUCGCUCGCUCGUUUUCUUCAUCUAAAACCAAAAAACCGCAAAAAAAAAAAGAAAGCUACAGAUAAUUGGCUCCAAUUGAACUAAUCGUUUUAUGCUUCUAAUUGUUUUAUGCGAAAUUUCUAUCGAUAAACCAAAACCGCCAAACCGAACCGCUUAAAAACGAAUCAAAUCGAUCGAAUCGAUUCGAAAUGUCUCGCGAAAACUCGCCUCGUCACGGCUCCUUUCGCCGUAAUCUGAACAGCAGAGAUCCUUCGGGAGGGGCAGCGGGAACUGGUUCUGGUUCUGGAACUGGUUCCGGACCGGGAUCGCCACACCACCAGCAGUCGAACCACCACCACCACCAGCAGCAGCACUACCACCACCACCACCAGCCGCCGAUCAUGGAGCACGCCGGCGCGCCGAUCUCCACCUCCGCCUCGAACAUCGCCACCGUUUUGGAGGACGGGGAGACCGCCCACCUGCCGCCCCUCACGGGAUCGGGCCCCAGUCGCCAGAGGUCCUUGCGGGACCGACUCAAGGACGGCAUCACCGGCAGCUUCUCCUGGCAGUAAGUCCUCGCCACGCGCGCUCUUUUCGAUGCUUCUUCCACCUUCCACGUUCCACCUUUCACCUUUGUUCCGACUUUGAUCUUAUUACAACUCUUCUCCGACACCCCGAACUCCAGAUUGUUUCGAUUAUUUCCGUAGUUAUUUUCAGUAGUCCACUCUCCACUGUAUGUUAACGCUUUUGUUUCUAGACUUGAAUUCGAUUUAACUAGUACCCACACGAAAUC